AAGAAUUUAAAAUUCUUUUUUCGUAUCUUAUACGUUUUAUCUUAUUUUCAAGUUCUAAGUUGAGAAACUAGUUUUAGCGCUUUUGCGCGAUUAGAUUUAUACAUUCAUACGUGAGGUUAUAAGAAUCAAUAGGAGAGCUGCCUUUGCAAUUUGAGGUCAACUGUAGGACAGUGUCAUUCUACUGCGAAUACUUCAAGAGGAUUCUCAUACAUUGUAGGUUUCUAAUCAGAAAAUACAGUACUAAUUAUAGUGAAAAAAUGCCAAUCAAAAGUAUUAAGGCUCGUCAAAUUUUUGAUUCUCGUGGUAACCCUACUGUAGAGGUUGAUCUUGUCACAGAUGAUGGGUUAUUUAGAGCUGAAGUACCAUCAGGUGCUUCCACUGGUGUUCAUGAAGCUUUAGAACUUCGAGAUAAUGAUAAAUCUAAAUAUCAUGGAAAAUCUGUUUUCAAAGCUGUAGAAAAUAUUAAUAGUAUCAUUACGCCUGAAUUGUUGAAGUCAAAUUUGGAAGUCACACAACAAACUGAUAUUGAUAACCUUCUUUUGAAACUUGAUGGUACACCAAACAAGUCAAAACUUGGUGCAAAUGCACUUCUCGGUGUUUCUUUGGCAAUUUGUAAAGCAGGAGCUGCUAAAAAAGGAACUCCUUUAUAUAAAUAUAUUGCGGAAUUGGCAGGAAAUUCCGAUAUCAUUUUACCAGUUCCAGCUUUCAAUGUUAUUAAUGGGGGUUCACAUGCUGGAAAUAAAUUGGCAAUGCAGGAGUUUAUGAUUCUACCCACAGGUGCUGCCAAUUUCACUGAAGCUAUGAGAAUGGGUACUGAAGUAUACCAUCAUUUGAAGGCUGGUAUUAAAAAGAAAUUUGGCCUUGAUGCUACUGCUGUUGGUGAUGAAGGUGGUUUUGCACCAAAUAUUCUUGAAAAUAAAGAAGCUUUAAAUUUGAUUAUAGAUGCCAUUAAAGUUGCUGGAUAUGAAGGAAAAAUCAAGAUUGGUAUGGAUGUUGCUGCAUCUGAAUUCUAUAAGAAUGGAAAAUAUGAUUUAGAUUUUAAGAAUGAAAAAUCUGAUCCCAGCACAUAUUUGGAGUCACAAGCCUUGAAGAAUUUAUAUUUAGAAUUUGUUAAGGAAUUCCCAAUUGUAUCAAUUGAAGAUCCGUUUGAUCAAGAUGACUGGGAUUCAUGGACCUCUAUAACAUCUUCUACUCCUAUUCAAAUUGUGGGUGAUGAUCUCACUGUCACAAAUCCUGAAAGAAUUAAAACAGCUAUUGAGAAAAAGGCUUGCAACUGUUUGUUAUUAAAAGUUAAUCAAAUAGGUACUGUCACAGAAUCAAUUAAUGCUCAUAAACUUGCUAAAAGCGCUGGAUGGGGUACUAUGGUUUCUCAUCGUUCUGGAGAAACGGAAGAUACAUUUAUAGCUGAUUUAGUUGUUGGUCUAUCGACUGGUCAAAUUAAAACAGGUGCACCUUGCCGUUCGGAACGUUUGGCAAAGUAUAAUCAGAUUCUUCGUAUUGAAGAAGAAUUGGGCGCGGCUGCCAAAUAUGCAGGAGAGAAAUUCCGUAAUCCUCAUGCUUAAAAUAUAUUAUAUUUUAUUAACACAAAGUUCUAGUUGUUACAUUUACAAAAUAAAUUGAACGUGUACUUUGGUGACCUUUAAAACUGUAUGGAAUGAAAUAGUAUUGAAAACUAUUAUUCUUGCUAUAGAAAAAGUUUUUAGAGUUUCUGUUAAGAAAAGAAAUAAAUCUAAAAAUUAAUAUGCAGAUAAUUAUUAUUUAAUUAUUAUUUUAAGAAUUAUGUACUGAUGUAUUAAUUAAAUGAAAUAAAAUUACAUUACUAGUUUAAUAA